AUGUAUAUAGAUAGAGUAACUACGCCAGCUAUGGAAGAUACAUACGCAACUAGACGCCCGCUGCCUGCAUACCAGAGUCCACCAAAGGGCCCCCUGAGGAAGAAGAUCCUGAAGAAAGCCUUGAAGAAAGACGAAGAAGAAGAAAAGAAGGCAAGAAGGCAAGAGAGAGAGAAAAAAAAAAAAAAGGGGCAAGCUUGUUGCUUUUUCCUUCUCUUGUCUCUUGCCGGUCCUUCUGCUCGGUUCUGUUCUCCGGUCCGCGAUGCAGAUGCUCAUGCUGAUGCUGAUAACAGUGUGCCGAUACCAUCCAUGUCCCAACGCAACGCCCCUAUUCAAGACCAAAGACCAAGACCAAGAUGGAAGUAG